AUGAAGCUUGUCAAUAAAUUUAUAGAUAAACACGGGAUGGGGCAUGUUACACUGCGCCCAGAGGAUGAUGAGGAUAUGUGGCAUCUGUACAAUCUCAUCCAGACUGGUGACUCAGUACGAGCCCCAGCGAUACGCCGUGUACAGAAUGUAUCAUCCACAGGCUCCGUUGAAUCGCAUCGUGUUCGUCUUAACCUAACCUUGCGAGUUACGGCGUCGUCGUCGUCUUCACAAGUAACUGCUGCUCUUCAUAUAUCGGGACCCGUCAUAGCAGAAAAUCAGCAUGCACGCCUUGGGGCCUUCCAUACCCUUGACAUCGAACCCAAUCGGGAUGUACGGAUUGAAAAAAACGGAGGCUGGGACAGCGUGGCCGUUGCUCGCAUUGAAGAGGCCAUAAUCCCCGGAAGAGGUGCAGAAGUUGCGGCAGUUGUGUGUGGGGAGGGCACCGCCGCGUUCUGUUUACUUUCCCAACACAUGACGCUGGUGACCCACCGGAUAUCUGUGUCAAUUCCACGUAAAUCUGCUUCUGGUUCCACGCAGCAUGAAAAAGGAAUGGGAAAAUUUUACGCGACACUCUAUGAGUCUUUUAUCCGCCACAUCCCAUUCGCCACUGCAGGUUUAAGAGCGAUUGUUAUCGCCAGUCCUGGAUGGGUAAGAGAUGGGGUAAAUGACUACUUGGUCUCGGAAGCAAGGAGGCAAGGGGACAAGACUAUGCAGCGUGCAUUGAAAGAGAAGGUUGUCAAGGUCCAUAUCAGCAGUGCUCACGUACACAGUCUAGUGGAAGUCUUGAAAAGCCCCGAGGUUGCAGCUCGGUUGAAGGAGACCAAAUUCGCCCGGGAAGGAAUUGUACUUGACAGGUUUUUCAAGAUGCUAGGCAGCGACGAGAUGAGGGCGUGGUAUGGCCCAGAUCACGUCUGUCUUGCUGCGGAUAGAGGGGCAAUUGGUACACUCCUCAUCUCAGACGAUCUAUUUAGAUCAAGUGACCCUGUAACGCGCAAACGCUACGUAAAAGUCGUGGAUGACGUCCAGCAAAAGGGCGGUGAAGUGGUUAUAUUUUCGAGUAUGCAUGAGUCAGGACAACAGCUAAAUCAACUGACUGGUGUUGCGGCGAUUCUGACGUUUCCUUUGGAUGUUGAAGUAGUCGAGGCGGAGGAGCGUCAAGCAGAGGAAGAGAGAAAGCUAGCUGAGGCGGCAGCAGAGGAAUAGUAAUAGUUGUAGGUACUCGUAAAUCGUCAGUGACUAUAAUAUUAACUACAGUUCCCUGGAGCC